UUGUCUUUCAAGAUGGCGGAUCAAACGACAGAACACCAGCUGCCUUUAGGGAUGACUUACUCUACAGCUUAUUCCUUGGGGAUCGAAGCAACCCCCACAUAUACUGCUACAAAUGAUACAGAAACAAGAGAACAACGAGAAGAAAGCAAAGAUAGCGACCAGGAGGAAAGCGAGGGACGAAGAAGAGGAGGUUUUGAACGCGACUUGCGAAGUGAUCGAGAGAACAGACGCUUCACUCCWUACUCGACCAGCCGCUCAAAGGGCCGUGUGUCUUCCAGUGCUUUAAAAGACUAUCGGGUUUAUGUCUCGAAUAUACCUUACAAYGUCCGCUGGCAAGAUUUGAAGGAUUACAUGAAGAAAGUUGGUGAAGUUUCAUUCGUUGAAAUAUUUGAAGAUGAAAAAGGCAGAUCAAAGGGCUGUGGGGUUGUUGAAUUCAGGGAGAAGGAAGAUGCACAGAAAGCCAUCACACAAUAUAAUGGACAAGACUUCCAAGGACGUCCACUACAAGUSAGAGAGGAUCGUGUAGAGGAAGACAGCAGAAUGCAUAGAUCAAGGCUUCGUGGUAAUACUAUUGCCCAGAGUAGUCAGCAAACUACAAGCAAUGCACUCCAAGGGCUGCAAGGCCUACCAGGGUUAGGUGGUUUACCAGCACUGCUGGGCCUUGGGAACACWGGGAGUAUGGCUAACAAGAAUGAUCCCUCAGCCUGCACAGUCUUUGUCAGCAAUCUGGAUUUCAGAGUGAAUUGGCAGAAGUUGAAAGAUGCUUUCAAAGCUGCAGGUAAUGUUGUAAGAGCAAAUGUAAAAGAGGAUGAUAAUCACAAGUCCAAAGGGUAUGGAACAGUACAGUUUGAAACUCCAACAGAAGCAAUGAAUGCUGUCAUGCUGUUGAAUGGUCAAAUGAUAAUGGACAGAACAGUAACAGUGAGGAUGGAUCGCAAUGCCACCCAAGGAGGAUCAAGAGGAUCAAGUCAAGCUUCAGUCAACCCACUUGCAGCCACAGGAAGCCAAGUAGCAAUCCUAAACCUCCUUCAAAGCCUUCAAGGGCUCACAGCCUUGGCUCAGCUCGGCAAUCUCGGUGGCAACUUAGGAAACACUAACCUAGGUAACCUUGGUAACCUUGGUAGCACUACAGCCAACCAAUCAUAUGGUGGAAUGUCGGCAAUGCCUUCUACGAGUAGUGCAGGUAGUGCAAGUGCCAUGGGGAUGGAUACAGCCAACCUUGCUGCUCUCAGUAACCUUAGUGGUAUGAUGAACCAGCUUGGGAGUACAACAGCCACUAGUAACUAUGGCACCACUAACUAUGGUACAACUAGCUAUGGCAUGGGAGUAGGUGGCUCCACACAGAGUGAUUCUAGUUCAGGGAAACAGAUAUUUGUCAGGAAUCUUCCAUGGAAGUACACAUGGCAGGACCUCAAGGAUAAAUUCCGUGCUGCAGGUAAUGUAAGUCGUGCUGAUAUUUUGACUGAGACUGGUGGACGAUCAAAGGGCUGUGGUAUUGUGGUGUUUGAUACACAAGAAGAAGCGCAGAGGGCUAUUGCGAUGUUUAAYGGUGUGUCAUUUGACGGCAGAGAGAUUGAUGUGCGUUUGGAUAGGUUUGGUURAGUGUCUUGCUUCACUACCAUUCACACUGUCUACAACUUUGGUYCUCACUCAUACACACUUUGUUCUUGGAUACUGUUAUUGAUGUUGAUUUUAAUACACUGGCACAAAAAGUUCUCGUUGAACUUUCAAGUUUUUGAAAUUGUGGCAGCAUAUCUUGUAAUUUUGGACAGAGGCAAAGAGAGGCAUGAAGCUGGCAUUGGAAUAUUGCAAAACACCCUUGGAAGAUGCUGUGAUUUGUUCAGUUUGGUAUUUAGAGAUAUGUUGGGCAAACAAUUUCUGUGGAGAAGUUUGGUGUGCUGGAGAAGCUUGCUGACGAGACCUAAACUUUAGAAGUAGAGGACCUUGAGAACUUGGGGUGGGAAGAAGCUGAACUUAGAAGAUGAGAGUCGUAAUGCCUAAAAAGCAAAGCUGUUGUCUGGAUUGAAGCUUUUUGGGGUUGAAACGUGUUAGUUAAAGAAAUAAUGAUAUCUGGAAAUCUGCUUGACUUGAACYUUUGGGGUGUAAACAACUAUCUAGUAGCAAAGACGUAGCAUAUGCAAGAGGGAAGAGAUGGAUGGAAGAACUGCUGGAUUGGAGCGCUUUGAGGUUAAAAGUCCGGUUCUCUGAGUUGAAGAAAAAAUGUUAUUGUUUCCAAACAUGUAAAAGAGAUGUCGAAAUGACUUGACUUGAGCCUUUGGGGUGUUUACAACUAUCUGGUUCUGGUGAUGUCAAUGCAGGAGGAGAGAUGGAAUAGCUGCUAGUUUGCAACUCUUUGGGGUGGAAAGUCUGAGAGUCAGUCGAAGAAAUGAUGCUAAUAUGGUUUAUAAAGAUGUACGACGGAGAAGGAGUCUUUGGGCUGCAGAUAUUGGUAGAUGAAGAACUAUUAACUGACUGAAGAUUUUAAUGCUGUGUUGUCUUUUAAAAUUCAAUUAUGGAUUUUGCUUUGACUUAUUGCCUUUGACUUUGGUACCCAUGAUAUUCACUACAUCAUCUGAUAUUUUACCAUAUUCACUGCCUUUGAUCAUCGAGUUCGGUUCUCAUUUGAAGUUUUGAAGAGUCUUAUUCCUGUUUGGCUGAUAAUGCUAUAAUGKUAUUUGUGAAGUAGACUAUUAUAAUGAUGAUAGAUAUUAAUAGUUUGUGUUUGUAAUAGAGUUGUAGAAAGAAAUGACUGAAGUGGUGAACUAGUGUCUUGGUUUGGUUAUAAA